UUUACAAACGUGAAUAUGGCAUCCGGUCCAGUCGAACAAACACACGUCAUGGAAAUGUCCAGCGCUCGUGACGAAAGCGUGUCAUGGAAAUAAGUCCACAGAGUGUUCUGCUGUAAUGAAUGAAAGAUGGAAAGUAUUUCGGAAAUUAAAGCUUUUCGUAGUUUGAUCAUUUGAAGAUUAGGUUGAUUCAGACUAAAAAUGUACUUUUGAAAAUGUACAUAAAGCUUGUAAUUCUUCGCCUCGAAGCUGUACAAGUUGGUAGUACAAUUUGUAAUUCUUCACCUCAAAGUUGUACAAGUUGGUAGUAUAUACAAUUAACUACGACAAGAGAAGAUUUGAGCAACAGGCUCGUGCAUGCGCAGUACGGACGAAAGCAAAAAGCGGUGAAUUUAAUUUUUAUAUUUGAAUUUUGACAUAAAUCCACAUGUAAAUAAGUUGUUAACGGUUGAUUUUGCUUUUAUGAUGCCUAAAUCGAGCCAGCAGAUGCAAGAAUAUGAUCGAAUAUUCUUCAGAGUUUCUUGAUUCGAUAGGAAAACAUUUAUCAUGCAAGAAAAGCUUCGAGAGUUCAAUUGAAAACACGUGUCGUCAAUCAACAAAGCGGAACAAUGUUCGUUUGGAGGCAAUUUCAAAAGGCCAGAGUUACAAGACGGUUAAAUUUGAAUGAGACAGGCUCCUGAAGUAUUUAAAGCGAGGUGAGCUCUGUUGCCGGCUAAUGGCAGAUUCAGACUCCUGGUAUGAUAAUAGACGUAGAAGUAGACGACAAUUGCUACACUCCACUUCAAGAAGUCUCUUAAGAUCACCUCAAGGAAAUGUCACAUUUGGAAGAUCUAUGCUGGAUGGUGAUGCACAUGAUAAGGUUGAAGAGUUAGCAACCUCACUGAAGGCAACUUCAGAAGUAUUGACGACUGCUGAUUGCAUGUUGGAACAUUAUAAACAAAUAAAUACAGAUCAAGAUGACGAAAUCCAAAGGCUUCGAACAGAACUUGACAUGUCUACAGAACAUGCUAGGAACAAAGAAAUCGAAGCUAGAAGAAGAGCAAGAUCUCAGGUAAGGUUUGCUGACCCUACCAAUCAGGAGAGCAAUGAUUGGCGAGAUUCCCUAAAAGACUUGGAGAAUGUACAGCAUAGGAUGUCAAUGGAGAUAAGUCGUGAUAGAGAAGAAAGAGAAAGAUUUGAAUUGGAGAAUCGCGAUGCGGUAAAACGACUUGAAGAGUCAUUCAAGAGAGUUGAAGAUGAUUUGCGAGGAUCGUGGUCCGAACGAGAGCGUUAUCGUAAACUACGCGAGGAAGAUGAUCGACGACAAAGGGCCGAAGUGCUUUCGAGACAGGAGUCUAGAGAUGAAAGAGAGUUAUUGUCGGAGAGUGUUCGUCUUGCGUUGGAAAAAGAACGAGAAAUACAAGAACUGCGUGAUCAGCUUCGCGAUAGUCGGAGACAAGCAGUAGAGGAGGAACUGGAAACGAAAGUGAAAAAGAUUUAUGAUAAGGAGCGUUUGGAAAAGAAAGAAAAGAAAGAAGCGGGAAAACUACUCGAUGAAUUGAAAUCAGUCAAGAACUUGAUCAAUGAAAGUGCGAAUGAAAAGAAAAUUAAGGAUGAAAUCAAAAGAAGAGAGGACGAAAAUUUUGACAAAAGAUCGACAAGAGAACGUCGUCUUUUGAAGAGUUUGGAUGAUAUUCAGGACGAAUUGAUGGAAUGUAAAAGAGAGAAGAGAAAGCUUGAGCAAGACUUGGACAAUGCAUUCAAGCGAUUAGAAUGGACUGAGGAAGGACGUAGUUCCAUGUUGAAGCAAAUUGAAGAAUUAAAGCAAGAGUUAAAAAUUGCUGGUGAUGACAAGACCUUGAUAUCUGUCGGUUUACAUGAUUGCAAGACGAAACUCGAGGAAAGUGAAAGACAACGCGACCGUUUGACAGGUCGUAUGGACAGUUUGUCUAACAAGAACGAGAGCUUAGAGAGAGAAAGAGAAAGCUUACUGCAGCAGCUUGAAGCUGUCAACAAUAAGUUUCGUGAGAAGACUCGGGAGCUUUCUGAGAAGAUGGAUGAAGUUAAGGAACGAACGAAAAUGGUGAAAGAGAGUGAAGAUAAGAAGGAAGAAUUAAAGUCACGUGCGCUGGAUACGAUAAAGGAGUAUAAAAUUAAAUGGAAGAGAAGUGAAAAAGAGGCUGAACAAGUAAAGAAAGAAUUAAUAGCUGCAAAGGAGGAUUUGCGGAAACUUCAACAGUACGAGCACGAAGGCACCAAAAAGUCAGAGGCUUUAGAGAAAGAGCUCAAGUCGGCAGUGGAAGAACGAAAUCAGUUGAGAAAACAGUUGGAACAAAGAUCUACAGAGAAUGAGAGUGAAGCUAACACUUUGAAGAAACGUUUAAAGUCCGCUCUUGACGAAAAUAGGAUAUUACAAGAGUCAUUUUCUUCGUGUAAAGACGAAUGCAAACUUUUGAUAGAUCGACAACAGAAGCUAGAGCGACUGGAAGAAGCAACAUCCAGUUCGAAUGAAGAACUCAAGGAAGGAGUACGAGAGUUGGCCAGUAAGAAAUCUCGACUGGAAAUCAAACUAAAGGAAGAACAAAAGUUACGGGAGGAAUUAAACAAAGCCAUUGAGGAUGCUAAAGAAGGACAAGCAAAGGCCAAAGAUGAAGUGCUUCUCUAUAUCGUCAACUACAACGCGAAAGAGAAGAAUGUAAUUUGACAGUUAAAGAUAUGGAGGAAAAGAUGGCGAAAAGUCGAGUGGAAGGUAAUGAUGAUCUUAAGGAAAGUAACAGACGCUUUGACAAACA